GGAAAAUAAAACUCGAUCUCGCCGGCGGCAUAAGAUCUCCGUUUAUCUCUCCGGCAGAUCGACUCUUCCAAUUUCCGGUUAAUUCAACAAUCGAUUCCUUAUUCUUGCUAGAUCUUCCUUAGGCCUUAGAAAAAACCCUUACUUGCUCAUCGAAACCUCAAUUUACCCUUUACAUCGUCCAAUUCCUUCAUCAAAAUCUGCAUUUAUGGCGAUUAGGGUUACCUUCACCUACUCCAGCUAUGUCGCUAGGAGCAUUGCUUCCUCCGCCGGGACUCGUGUCGGCACCGGCGACGUUCGCUCAUGCUUCGAAUCAUGGGUUCGUCCCAGAUUCUGCGGCCACAAUCAGAUACCCGAUAUUGCUGAUAAAUCUCCCGGAUCCAACAUAUGCUCAAGCCCUCGUGCUCGACCAGCUUCGAUGUAUAGCACCAUUGCGAGGGAAAUCCUCGAAGAAGGAAGCAAGAGUCCACUUGUGUUGGGGAUGAUCUCUCUCAUGAAUUUGACAGGAGCUGCUCCACAGCUCUCGGGUAUGACCGGUCUCGGGAUCUCUCCCUUUAAGACUUCUUCUGUUAUCCCGUUCCUUAGGGGUUCCAAGUGGAUGCCUUGUAGUAUUCCGGCGACGUUAUCAACGGAUAUUGCUGAGGUUGAUAGAGGAGGAAAGGUGUGUGAUGCUAAAGUGAAGUUGGAGUUGAGUGAUAAAGUCUCUAAUGCUGGUAACGGUUGGGUUAAUAAGCUGUUGAAUAUCUGCUCGGAAGAUGCUAAGGCAGCUUUCACGGCGGUUACUGUUUCUCUCCUUUUCCGAUCGGCGUUGGCUGAGCCAAAGUCUAUACCUUCAACAUCUAUGCUUCCUACUCUCGAUGUGGGUGAUCGUGUUAUGGCUGAGAAGGUCUCAUACCUUUUCAGAAAGCCAGAGGUUUCAGACAUAGUUAUCUUCAAGGCUCCUCCUAUUUUGGUGGAACAUGGUUACAGUUGUGCUGAUGUUUUCAUAAAAAGGAUAGUUGCUAGCGAAGGUGACUGGGUUGAAGUUUGUGAUGGAAAGCUCUUAGUAAAUGACACUGUUCAAGCAGAGGAUUUUGUCUUAGAGCCAAUUGACUAUGAAAUGGAACCAAUGUUUGUCCCUGAAGGUUAUGUCUUCGUCCUAGGAGACAACCGCAACAAAAGCUUUGAUUCUCAUAACUGGGGUCCACUUCCAAUAAAGAACAUCAUAGGGAGAUCUGUAUUUCGCUAUUGGCCACCAAGCAAAGUGUCAGACAUCAUACACCAUGAACAAGUUAUCCAAAAGAGAGCUGUUGAUGUUUCUUGACCAAUGCAGAUGGCUAUUUUUUUGGCAGAUGACAAGUUAUCAAUAGAGUUUGUAUGAUUGAGAGUUCUAAUGAAAACGGAAGUGAUCU